AUGGCGGCCGUAUCGCUAAUUUCCCCCACGCUCUGCUGCUACUCCUCGUUCCAGGAUGUUCGUUUGUCCAGUGCCGCGAAAAUUGCUUCAUCUUCUCGCAAUUUCAGAACAUUGUUUGCCACUGGGUCUCCUCUCCUGAUUGAUAGACCCAUUUACCAGAAAAGCACUACUCGUUACUCAAAAUUAGUUUCCAUAAGAUGUGAACAGAGCAGCAAGGAAGGGAAUGGUUUGGAUAUAUGGCUUGGUCGGCUGGCUAUGGUUGGUUUUGCUGCCGCCAUUAGUGUUGAAAUCGGGACAGGCAAAGGACUCCUGGAGAAUUUUGGUCUCACAUCACCUUUGCCGACAGUGGCCUUGGCCGUAACAGCGUUGGUGGGAGUUUUAACUGCACUCUUUAUCUUCCAAUCUGCAUCCAAGAACUGA